UUUCAGUUUCGGGGGUGAAGUAUGGAAGAGAGGGGUGUGCGAUUUUGCUCGGGCGGAUAACUGAAGAAAUUGUAUUUUCCAUCUGUUCUAUUUAAUUUUUUAGUUUUCCAUGACUUUGCCGAUAACAAAAUAACAUCGUUCCACCACAUGAAUUUAAUUUUGUACCGCGAAGUGUUCUCCCAAUCAUUAAAUUUAUUUUAAUCGCCACUGCGGUUGUUUGUACUGCUGUUUUUAUUAUUGAUAUUUUUAUUUUACCUCUUCAAUGUGCUUAUAGUCAACAUUUUCUAAUAAAAACGUAAAGUGUACUAAUAAGAAGGUUUUAAUAUAGAAAACCGUAAAAUCUAAUUGGAUUAUAAGCUGAAAAAAAAUAAUUAAAAAAUAAAAAUUCAAACAUGUCUGACGGUCACGGCGAGCCGAAUCAGUUGAAUUCUAGUCGGAAAGAUAGUGUGGUUACUGCUAAUGUGCCGAGUGAUAGCCCUGUCACGGACCCUGGGCAGGUCCGCGGCGGGAAUACGGAGGCCGGAGCUGCAGGGAAGUUCGACGGACAGCGCGGGAAAUCUGGCGCUUUGAAAAAAUCUGCGAGAUACCGAAGCAGGUCAUUAUCGGCCUCCUCCGCCGAUUCUUACAGUUCUACAUCUUACACUGUUGUACCAAGCGCGACAGCGGUCCUUAAGGCCCAGAGUUCUGGAGACACAGGGUCAUCAUCAGACGAGGACGAAGGAGUACAACCCCACGAGAAGGCCAUAGCGGCCGGUCAGCCCAACCCAGCGUACUGCGUCAGGAACAUAGAACAACAUGCCUUCGGAAGACGAGAGAUCGAAAUCGCUGAACAAGAGAUGCCGGGGAUCAUGGCUCUUAGGGCGAGAGCGAAGGAUGAUAAGCCUCUUAAGGAUGCUAAGAUCGUAGGCUGCACACACAUCAACGCCCAGACGGCAGUUCUCAUAGAAACGCUAGCGGCGUUAGGCGCGAGUGUGCGCUGGGCUGCCUGCAAUAUUUACAGUACACAGAAUGAAGUGGCUGCAGCUUUGGCACAUGCUGGAUAUGCAAUCUUCGCGUGGCGCGGAGAAAGUGAAGAAGCCUUCUGGUGGUGUAUCGACCAGUGCUGCACCCCCACGGCGACCUGGACUCCCAACAUGAUCCUGGAUGAUGGAGGGGACGCCACGCACCUCAUGCUCAAGAAACACGCCGCUGCCUUCAAACAUAUUAAAGGUAUAGUGGAGGAGAGCGUGACGGGUGUGCACCGACUGUACCAGCUGAGUAAAGCAGGCAAGCUGUGUGUGCCCGCCAUGAAUGUCAACGACUCUGUCACGAAGACCAAGUUCGAUAACUUGUACUCUUGCAGGGAAAGUAUUAUAGAUGCUCUCAAACGCAGCACGGAUCUGAUGUUUGGAGGCAAACAGUCAGUUGUCUGCGGUUAUGGGGAAGUUGGGAAGGGAUGCUGUCAAGCUCUCAAGGCCUUAGGAUGUGUUGUGUACGUAACAGAAAUAGAUCCCAUUUGUGCGCUACAAGCGGCCAUGGAUGGCUUCCGAGUUGUUAAGUUAAAUGAGGUAAUACGUCAAGUAGACAUCGUAAUAACAGCGACAGGGAACAAGGGCGUGGUCACACGCGAACACAUGGAGCGGAUGAAGAACGGCUGCGUGGUCUGCAACAUGGGACACAGCAAUACGGAGAUAGAUGUCCACGCACUACGUACCCCGGAUCUGUUGUGGGAGAGAGUUCGUAGUCAGGUGGACCACAUAAUCUGGGCGAGCGGCAAACGCAUAGUCCUACUAGCAGAAGGUCGUCUAGCUAACCUAUGCUGCUCCUCAUUGCCAUCGUUCGUGGUGUCGGUGACGGCCGCCACGCAGGCGCUCGCGCUCAUCGAGCUGUACAACGCGCCCGCGCAUCGGUACAAGCAGGCUGACGUAUACCUAUUACCCAAGAAGAUGGACGAGUACGUAGCCAGUCUACACCUUCCGACGUUCGAUGCCCAUCUCACGGAGCUAACGGACGAACAGGCCAAGUACCUAGGCUUGAACAAAGUAGGCCCUUUCAAACCUAACUACUAUAGGUACUAGCAUAGAAUCGUUUAUCGCAACAAUAAUGAUCGCCGGUGAGUCGCAGUUGCCACGCAGUUGCUGCGCAGUUGCGACGCAAUCGUGCCGCAGUUGCCACGCAGUUGCGACGCAGUUCUCUACCCAGCUGUGAUGCUGUUUAAAGUUGUACCUAAGUUCCAUCGUAGUUGCGACGCAGUUGCCAUACAGUUUAGAUAUAAAGGUGUAAUUCCGACACAUUCUUUUGUCGUUUACGGUCGAUGACCCAAAGGUCGACUUCCAUUAAUUGUACUUAUUUUACUAUUAAUAUAAUCUCGAAUAUGCGACAAACACUUUUGUCGGAAUUACACCUUAAUCUCACACACAAAAUUGCCACGCAGUUGCGCCGCAGUUGUGACGCAAUUGCCACGCAGUUGCGACGCAGGUAUCGGCGUUCCUUAGUGUUAGUACAUAUGUUUGCUUUGUGUAAAAUAUAUUUAGUUUGAAUGGUUGGGGCGGUUUUGUAAUUUGUACCAUUGUAAAUGCAGUGCUUUUUGAAAAAACACAGUAGUUUCGUUGCGAUAUUUUUAUAAAAUACUAGAACAGUUAAUGGACGCCUUUAAUUUUCCGACGGGUUAUAAUAUAAUCGUCGGUCGCAUGCGAUACAAGCGGGGAUCGGAAUGUCACCUUUAGGAAUUUGGUUUCAUAAAAUCCUUUUCAUAGUAGCUUAUUUGCAAAUCCCAGAUACUACAGGACAGAUUAAAAAAAAACAUCUAUGUUAUUUUUAUUUUAUUAAAUUGGCUUUCCAUUUUUCGAGAAAGACCCAUGAAAGGCGAGAGAAGCUGGGGGAAGCUUAGUGAAUGAAAAAGUACAAAUAAUAAAUUAAAUGAUGUUCAAGUAGUGGUUGUUUUCCCUAAAGCCGGGUCCAGACAUGUAUCAUUUGCCCGAUCCGUAUCGUUGACGCGUAUCAUGAUCGCAUCUGUGGACGGGUAACGAUACGCGUAUCAUGAUACGCCGUUAUGAUAAGCUGGGUACUCACUUAGCAGUGUAGCACGUAACGUAUCAGAUACGGUAUCAAGUGAGUACGUAGGCACGAGCCCGCUGCGAGCCGCUCGCGCGUGGAGCGCUGUAAGCUCGCAGUGACCCGCCGAGUGGCGGUUUCGCUGCGAACACAAAGGCGGUCCACGGUCCUCACGAGCACACUGCGAGCCGCAGUGUGCUCGUGAGGACCGUGGACGAGCCGUACCCACUUGCAGGUUGAUACCGUAUUUGAUACGAGCUUUAUGAUACGACCCGUCCAAUGUCGUGUCGGUUUUUGUCCCUCAUACGGAGCAAAUUCGGAGGCGUCCAUAACUUGAUACGGUGCUCUGAUCGAGCAAAUGACACAUGUCUGGACCCGCCUUUAUACGUGGUUAACUUAGUAUUUUCUAAAUCGGUUUUCAAAAAACUUAAAAUAAAAAAUAUCGCAACAAAACCGCUGUGUAACUGAAAACUCAAAUUUUAAAAUCGAAUAGUAUUUUUAACAAACAAUAUAUCAGUAAAAGGCUUGUCCCGCUUUGAUAAGGUUCAAUUGGAAAUAUAGCGAUGAAUGAAUGAGUUAGACGUAGUAAUUCUGUUAAUAGUCACUGAAAAAUAAAGUUUGCUACAAAAUUAUCAAUAAGAAAAUAUUUGAUUGAACGUAUUGAACCACAGAGUUUGAAAUUAAUAGAAGGGACAUAUGAAAUAGAUAUUAUUGUAAAUUGAAUACACUGAAAUUAUGCCUGUCAAAUAUUAUUGAAUCAGCUUUCUAUUGUAAUAUAAGGACAAUAUCUAUUCACUUCAACUCUGUGGUUUUAAAACAAUAUCACCGGCAACAAAAAUGUUGCCCAUAUGUUGCCCGUAAAUCGCUCAACAGGAUUGUACUUGUGUUACAAGAAGCUCAACAUGGAGCAAUGUUGCGAGCUACAGUUGCCUUACAAAAUGUAUCUUUGUUCGAAAUACAAGUCAUUUUCAUUCUUGGAGAAAAUUAAAAAAUUUAGAAUUACAAACCUAAAAAGAAUAGAAAGAAAUAUCGCCAUAUCAAAAUCAGCAAAAGUAGCCCUCUAGAGGGAUUUUUAUGAAAACAAAAUUUAGCCAUUUAUAACUACCUUCUGAGCAAUUCAAUGAAGUUAAAGUUUGUUAAUUGUGUAUCAUAAUUGUUUACAAAAAAAAAUAUAUACCUAUUUGGGAACAUACUGAGGCGCAUAUAAAAAUAUCAUUUUUCGGAAGAGUAUAUAGGAAGAGCGAUCGAUAUGUCAUCUUACCAAAAACUUGGUAUUUAUUUAUUUAAUCCAAGCUCUUACGACUGACACGAUAUUUCAAAGAAUCUAAUAAAAAUACAGCAGGAAAACUAGGAACUAAAAUGCCUUCCAUUUCGUCAAUACCUUUGUUAAAAUCAAGAAACGUUGACGUUUCUGAGACAUUCUCUAGAAAAUGCCAUACUCCUUUCUAUAUGAUUUUUACCCGUCUGCGACUGCUAAUAAGAGUUGCCUUUUUUGCUGACGUCUUAUUAAAUGUCUAUUUGAUUAAUUUCAAAACAAUCUCGUAUGAUAACAUCAGGAUUGGCCUAAAAUUGUAUAAAAAAAUGUGUUUGAAAACUUACUUAUUCCGUUUUGUGAAAUGGCGGUGCAAAACUGUACAAUAUGAUUAAUAUAAGAAUAUCCUAAUAAAUAUACAUAAGUGAUUUCAACUUAGGUUAAAAAUCGCGCAACUGUGGCGCCAUUGUUUUACUACAGUGGCGCAACUAUUGAGCUAAAACAAGGUAUGCAAUUGCACCUUUAGAUGGGCUGCUAAAGUAGCCAAACUAUCGCUCAACAGUUGAUCAACUAUCGCGUAACUGUUGCUCAACUAUCGCGGUACAAAUGACCUAUAUUGAAAUCACUAUAUAUUUUAAUUAUGUGCCUAGAAGCAUUGUAUAUGCUCUGCAUUGAAUAUGUAAAGUAUAUAUAUUCCUAUACAGAAAAAUUUUCAAAAAAAAACUGAGUCCCGCCAAAACGUUGCUUUCAAAUCCAAUUGCGUAUGUUAAUAAAUAUUGGCUUAAAAUUAGUAUUAUUUAAUGUCUAUAAUUAUAGCACUGUUUUAAAUGAUAUUGUUAUGUAAAAAUAUUACUUAUAUAGCAAAAAGUGUGGUUUGUGUGUUGAUUAGGUUAAAAAACAAUCAGUAUUGGUUCUAUAAAUUUUUAGGAGUUGCGAAGUAGUUUUACUUAUUUAAAAAAUACGUUUAUUUAUUGAAUUAAAUACAAACAAAAAUUAUUUGUAGGGCCUUUUUGAGUGGUAAAAUAAUUAUGGACCGACAAUAAACCUAGUUUGGGAGCCAGGAGACCUACUAUUCUUGUCACCAACUUUUCGGAAAUAAAUAAAUUUUAUUUAAAUUUUUAUUAUUAAUAAUUGCCGACGUGAGCAACUAUAUGUAUUUAGACGGCAACAUAGCUCGAUAUUUUUAAUUAAUUUAUUUGAGAGCCAAUAAAUACUAUUCGGAAAUAAGUAUCGAAACUACUUCACAGCUUCUUAUGAUAUUAGUCUGAAAUAUGUCUUAUAAUAUUUGUAUAUUUUGAUGAUAAAAUUAUACCGUCUUACCACAAAAACUUUUAAACGUCAGUUUAAGACUUGUCUAAAAAAAAUUCAGAUUAUGACAUUGACAUAUGGUUCAUUUUGCAGCCACAAUUUUUUUAGACAAGUGUAAAACAGUUGUUUAAGUUUUUGUAGUAAGGCCAAUAUUGUUUAGGUAAAUAUUGUGUUCAAUUAAACAUUGCUAAACACAAAUUGGCAGAAAAAAUAUUACUCGAAUUGUGUACUAAAACUAUAUUAUUUAUUAUAAUACCAAAUGACUAACAUAUGUAUAUGGAAAUGUACUUAAUUUAUUCGCCUUUUUAAUGUUUAAUGUACACCUAGAAAUUGGAAUUAUUAAAUAAAACCAGAUAUUAUUUAACCAAUAAAAUCAAUUUACUUAAAUAUAUUAAUACUUAUAAUUUAUUCAAAAUAAUAUAAUUAUUGUUUUCAACACAACUUUUGUUUAUAUUUUUCGACGAUAUUAUGUUACCAUUUGUUUUAAAUUUUAAGUAAUAUUUUAUCAAUAAUUGUCAAUUGGAAAUUUUAUUUUCAUAUUUUUUAAAAAGUUGUUGUUUUAGUACAAACAAAUUAUGUUAUAUUUAUUUUUAUUACAAUGGGAAAUGCAAUAAUAAUGAUCUCAGGAGCAAAAAUAGUAUUUUUACUACAUAUUAUCUUUUUAGUUUUUAAAUACAGUAUCAAGGUAAAAAAUGCAAUUUUAUAUCAUAAUAUUGUAACUCAUCAAAUCAUACAUAAAAAAUAUAUAAUUUGCAGCGCAACUGUGGCGCGACAAUCGCUUUAAAAAAAGCAUUGAUUGAUAUUAUUCUUAAUCAGAUUCUUACAAAUGUGAUAAUAACUAGUUGCAUCCGUUUUACCAAAAAACCCGGGUUUUUGCACCCCAGUGGGCCUGGUUGCACCCCUGUUGACUAGGUUGCAUACCUACCACUGAACCAGUUACACCUGAUAUCGGUUGCACCCCAAUGGGCCUGGUUGCACCCCAUGCACCCCGCUUAAAAGGCCCCGUAGCGGCCCACCGCCAUUGUAAUUACUGUAGAGUAAAUAAGGGUAUUGUUGCUAUGUUUCUAAUAAAUAUACGUUUAGAAAAAUGUA